UCCUUCUAUGAACUGUUCUCACACAUGAAGAGAUGGAGAUAACAGUGAUGGAGGGAGAAUCUGUCACUCUAAAGCCUGCUAGAAAAAUAAAGAAAGAUGAUUUGAUUGAGUGGCUGUUUGGAGAUAGAGAGCAGCAGACUCUCAUAGCUGAAAUCAAAGGAAAGACCGGAGAGAUCUUAACACGUGAUGAUGUUGCUGAUGAGAUAUUCAGAGACAUACUGAAGCUGAACAAGACGACUGGAUCUCUGACCAUCACAAACACCAGAACUGAACACUCUGGAGUCUAUAAACUACAGAUCAGAUCCAGCAGUGGGGAUUCAGAACAGACAUUUAUUGUCACUGUCAUUGUCAAACUGACAGAUAAAGUGGAGGAGAAAUUACUGGACGAGGGAGAUUCUGUCACUCUAAACCCUGAUACUGAAAUACAGAGAGAUGAUCUGAUCCUGUGGAUGUUUGGAGAUCAAGACAAAGUCAUAGCUCAAAUCAAAGGAGGGACUCCAGAAACAUAUGAUGAUGUUAAUAAGAGAUUGAGAGACAGACUGAAGCUGGACAAGACUGGAUCACUGACCAUCACAGACAUUGUAGCUGAACACACUGGACUCUAUAAAGUACUGAUCAUCAGCAGCAGAGGAAAGACCUUGGUCAAGAAAUUCAAGGUUUCAAUACAAUUGUGGUAUGAGGAAGUAAGGUAUGUGGAAGUGACUGCGGGAGAUUCUGUCCGUCUAAACACUGGUCUUACUGAAAUACAGAGAGGUGAUGAGAUAGAGUGGAGGUUUGGAGAUGAAAACUCUCUCAUCGCUGAAAUCAGAGGAGGGACUGGAGUGACACAUGAGGUCCUGAUGAGAGAUUCAGAGACAGACUGGAGCUGAACAAGAAGACUGGAGAUCUGAUCAUCAAGAACUCUACAUAUGAACAUGCUGGACGUUAUACACUGAAGAUCCGCAGGAGUGAAGGAAAUAAAAACUGGAAAUUCAUUGUUACUGUCAGGGAAAAGCGAGUGAAUAAAUCAGUGACUGUAGAGAUGCCGCUUUUGAAUGAAGAGGAUCCUGAUGAAGUGAAUGAGCAGCAGGGGAUGUUCUCAUUUAAAUCAUAUAGGCGUAAGCGCCGCCAUACCCGUUUGAGCUUUUUAGCAUUAGCUGCAGAAAGACGUCUACAAUCCAGUCUAGAGAAAGAGAGAAAUGGAAUUUUGUUGAGCUGUUAAAUUUGCAUGUAAAAAACUUAUUUGGUUUUAGAUGAACCAACAAAAUGUUUAUCAAAAACUUUCAUGUCAUUUUAAUAAUGUUACACUUCAUACCUGUUACUCCAUUUAGCAUAAUACUAGUUUGACUCAGUUUUGAUUUUGUGUGAUUGUCAGAAAGUGUCAUAUAGUGUAUGCUUUUUAUAAGACGUUUUACCACAGCAGUAUUUAUCUAAUCAUUGUAUUCUCUGUUUUUAUAUAAUUAACACCAGUACCAGAUUAAUGUUGAUGUUCAGUCUUGAUCACAGUCUGUUUCCAAAGCUGAGAUCACAUGACCUUCUCUUCAGUGUGUAUACCUUUGUUUUCAACCUGAGGCACUUAAAAAUUAGCUUUAUUGCACUUGUAGCAAAAAAAAAACAAAAAACUUUCGUUUAUUUCUAGUAGUCUUAUGAUACCACGUGCAUUUUGCUUUGCUUUAUUAAAUUUGUCAAAAGCAUCUGCUUGAUGAAUAAAUACUCAUGUAAGAUAUUGAUAUAUCGCUAAUCUUAAUGUUGUAUCAUUUCUGUCAACAUUUCUGUGGACAAACACUGAUACAGCUUUUGCUUCCUAACAACUGUUUAAACAUGCAACAUAUAAACAAUGUACCUAUAUA